UUUACCUCUAUUAGAUUCUGAAGAUCCCUUUCCAUCUCGAAACUCUAAAUUAUUUCGAAGAAUUAGACAAAAAAGAUCGAAUCUUUCACGGUCGAAUUCACAAAAUAAUGGAGAGAAGCAAGCGAUCGAUCAGAUUAUUCGAGAUCUUCCUCAUUCUAGGGCUUCUCGCUACCUUCCCUCGCAAUCUCUCAGCUCUCUCGAUCACAGUCAACGACGUCGAAUGCGUGUACGAGUUCGUUCUUUUUGAAGGCGAUACGGUUACCGGGAACUUCGUUGUUGUGGAUCAUGAUAUCUUCUGGAGCUCGGAUCACCCUGGGAUUGAUCUGAUUGUGACUUCUCCAGGAGGCAAUACUGUGCACACGGUGAGAGGAACUUCUGGUGACAAGUUUGAGUUCAAGGCUCCAAGAGCUGGAAUGUACAAGUUCUGUUUUCAUAAUUCACAGAAAACACCGGAGACUGUAUCUUUCUACAUACAUAGCGGUCAUAUCCCAAAUGAACAUAACCUUGCGAAAGAUGAGCUUAGGGAGGCAUUGGAGUCUGUUACAGCAGAACAAAAAUACUUGAAAGCACGUGAAGUUCGCCACCGCCACAUCCAAACUGGCAUCAGACUAAGAGGGAGGGGGAAGAUAUUAUUUUGUAGACUUUGGAUGACCGUCGGUUGGGUAAUGCAUGGAACCAUUGAAUCUACCAAGUCCCUAGGAACGGCAAGAACUUGCAGCUCUGUACCUUACAGGUGACAAUUUAGAUUUUGAGCACACAAUCACUUAAUGGUUUUCCAUGUGGUUUGAGAUCAGACAAGAUUCAUGUGGAGUUUGGGUUGAUGUUGUCACUUGUGCCUAUAUGUACAGUUGUACACUCAUUUUCUGUGAGGUUUUGUGAACU